CAGAAAGCGAUUCUAUUUUGAAGAAUCUCUAUCCAAAUCCAAACAAGGUAUAGUUUAAAAGAUUCUUUGUAUCUCUCAUCCCCGCAAAGAAAAGUCAGAACUUUCAUGCCGUGAGUGCGCCUGUUUUUCCUUUUUUUGGUGGGAAAAAAAAACAGAGAGAGAGAAAGAAGUCAGGAUAUUUCCAGUAUAAAGGCCCGGCAAGUGACAGAACACUCGCAUGGGUUCAGUGCCAUUUUGGUUUCUGGGUUCGUCGUCGUCAUCCCAAAUUGCGCGUUCUACAGAGAAUUCUGGAUUCUGGUCUGAAUAGCCAAUUCAUCAGCCUUUGGACUCCUGGACGACACAGUUGCAAGUGAGUACCUAAUCUUGAGCAUUUCCCUGGUUCAAGCUGGUUUUGAAUUACAAUGGCAGAAGAUGAAGUUUUUACAAAAGAUGGAACUGUAGAUUUCCGUGGCAAUCCGGCUAAUAAGAAGAAAACUGGGACCUGGAAGGCGUGUCCCUUUAUUUUAGGAAAUGAAUGUUGUGAGAGAUUGGCAUACUAUGGGAUGAGCACAAACCUGGUGCUUUAUUUUAAGAACAGGCUUCAUGAGCAUAGUGCUACAGCUUCCAAGAACGUCUCAAAUUGGAGCGGGACAUGCUACAUCACGCCGUUGAUUGGAGCAUUUUUAGCUGACGCCUAUCUCGGGAGAUAUUGGACUAUUGCCACUUUCUCCAUUAUCUAUGUUAUUGGAAUGACACUCUUGACACUGUCUGCAUCGGUUCCUGGCAUAAAACCGGCCUGUCAUGGAGAAGACAAUUGUCAUGCUACUGAUGGGCAGAGUGCAGUGUGCUUCAUAGCGCUCUACCUUAUAGCUCUUGGCACUGGUGGAAUCAAGCCUUGUGUUUCAUCAUAUGGAGCAGAUCAGUUUGAUGAUGCUGAUGAGGUUGAGAAGGAACACAAGAGUUCUUUUUUCAAUUGGUUCUAUUUCUCAAUCAAUAUUGGUGCUCUUAUUGCUUCUUCUCUACUGGUCUGGAUACAAGAUAAUGUGGGUUGGGGAUGGGGUUUUGGCAUUCCAGCUGUGACCAUGGCCAUAGCUGUGGUGAGUUUCUUUUCAGGAACCAGAUUGUAUCGAAACCAGAAGCCCGGAGGCAGCCCCCUCACACGAAUCUGUCAAGUGAUUGUGGCAUCCAUAAGAAAGUACAAAGUAAAAGUGCCUGAAGACGAGUCUCUUUUAUAUGAGAUAGCAGAUACUGAAUCUGUUAUCCAAGGAAGCCGCAAGCUUGACCACUCAAAAGGAUUAAGCUUCUUUGACAAAGCAGCUGUGCCAGAGCAAUCGGAUAGCGUGAAGAGCCCGGCAAACCCAUGGAGACUUUGCACUAUAACUCAAGUGGAAGAGCUCAAAGCUAUUAUCAGAUUGCUUCCUGUAUGGGCCACUGGUAUCAUCUUCGCUACUGUCUAUGGUCAGAUGAGCACAUUAUUUGUUUUGCAAGGGGCAACAAUGGAUACUCAUGUUGGAAAUUCCUCCUUCAAGAUCCCACCAGCAUCUCUUUCAAUCUUUGACACCCUUAGUGUAAUCUUUUGGGUCCCAGUAUAUGAUCAGAUUAUCGUGCCAGUUGCUCGAAAGUUCACCGGGCACAAAAAUGGCCUAACUCAACUUCAGAGAAUGGGAAUUGGCCUCUUCAUAUCCAUCUUCUCCAUGCUCUCAGCCGGAGUUCUAGAGCUCAUAAGACUUCGAAUUGUGAGGCGUCACAAUUACUACGAGCUAGAGCAGAUUCCCUUGUCAAUCUUCUGGCAGGUUCCCCAGUAUUUCAUCAUAGGUUGUGCAGAAGUCUUCACAUUCAUUGGUCAGCUGGAGUUCUUCUAUGAACAAGCACCUGAUGCCAUGAGAAGCCUGUGUUCUGCUCUCUCAUUGCUCACUGUUGCAUUUGGACAAUACCUGAGCUCACUUCUGGUAACGAUCGUCACGAAUGUCAGCACCAAAAAUGGCAGUCCUGGAUGGAUACCUGACAAUCUGAACUAUGGUCAUAUCCACUAUUUCUUCUGGUUAUUGGCAGUUCUUAGUGUACUGAAUUUGAUAGCUUACUUCCUGGUGGCAAGGAUUUACAAGUAUAAAAGGCCGGUCGGUACUCUGCGCUGAAAGCCGAGUUAGCAGAGCAGAAGCAAAUAAGAGAGGGAACAAAAACCUGUUUUAGUACAAAGGAAUAAUGAUUGUGUCCCUGUGAAUAAGAUUCUCUAAAGAUGUAUUCUAUUUCUUCAGUGUUUACUGUUUAGAAGUUUGGCUUGCUUUGUUUCAUUUUUCUCAUUUUUUCAAAGGUGUUAUCCUGUAAGGCUGAAACAAAAUUGUCCAUUUGAUUUGAGUGCUGGAAUGACAAAAGAUCUUUGAAGCAGCUAA